AGCUCUGCUAUUGGCUAAAGGAGUAGAGGCCAGUGACGCAGUUGUUUCCUGUAGUCUCACGUCUGCUGUUGGAGCAAAACUAAAAACUACAAUGACAGCUUCGAAGAAGAGUAACGCCUGGAAUUAUUUUGAGAAAUGAAAUGAGACCACUGAACAAAAGCAUAUCUGUGCACACCACAAGAUAGUUUUUUGUUUUUUUUUUUCAACAGCGUUUUCGUCUUUCCACGGAACAUGUAUGGACGUGCGGAUCUUUUCCAACAAAAACGUGGUGUACAUUACAGAGACAAUAACAAAUCUUUUUUUUUUUUUUUUUUGUAAAAAAGUUAACUUUUAGGUUAUGGUACACUUAACUCCACUUAAUUAGAAAAGUCUGCCAAUUUCUUGUCGUUAAGCUUAAUAUGUAAUUAAGAAAAAAUGAAGUGAGAAAUACAGAAAUUAUGAUUUUAUUGAUGAAAUACACUGCAGGUCAAAAUAUAAACGUUCAUGCGGCGAACGUCGGAUGUAGGGAAAUGAAGAUGAGAUUCCUGGGGAGGACCUGUCUCAUUGUCUUGAGUUUGCUACCAGCUGUUUCUACACAAGGCAGCACUGUUGUUGGCUUUGAUCAGCCAAUCAUUGCCUCUCCUGGAGAAGAUGUCACCCUGCCCUGUCACAUCACCCCCCGUCUUAGUGCUGUGGACAUGGUAGUGAGGUGGUACAGAGAGAGCUUCAUUAACCUAGUUCAUUUAUAUGAAGAUCGAAGGGAUCGCACAGAUGAUCAGGACAGUGACUAUCGGGGCCGCACUGCUCUCUCUAGAUUGGAGCUGCAGGAAGGCAUUCUCUCUCUGAACCUGAGAAACCUCCGUCCCUCUGAUAGUGGGGUCUAUUCCUGCUAUGCCACUGAUGGUGUCUGGGGUGGACAAGGAAAGACUGAACUGAUAGUCAGAGCUCUGGGGACCCAGCCCUCAAUCUCUGUGGACUCUACACAAGGAGAGCAGACCCGGCUGGUGUGCAGAUCAGAGGGGUGGAGCCCUGAACCUGAAGUCAUCUGGAGAGACAGGGAUGGAAACGAUGUGAUGUCACUGUCCAGCACAACAGUGCAGAGGGACAGUCAGGGGUUCCUCAGUGUCAGCAGCUACAUCAAAAUCAAACAGCAGUCCAACGUGUUCUCCUGUCUGGUUAGAAGUAAAAUACCAAAACCAGAUUGGGAAUCCAAACUCCACAUAUCCAGUGAUUUUUUCCCAGGAGUCUCUGGAUGGAUGGUGGCUUUCUUCUUGACUUUAGCUCUCAGUAUUGGAGCCAUUCCUCUGCUGGUGAUCCAAUGGAGAAGAAUGGAUGCCAUGGACAAAAAGCUUGAGCCUAUGGCUGCUCAGCACCUUCGUGAGGAACUUGAGUCUGUGAAGCGAAAGGUCCUUAAAUCAGAAUGGAAGUGGAUCCUCAGCUCAGCAGUUGAAAGUUUGACUCUGGACCUCGAUACAGCACACCCCCAGCUCACCCUGCCUGUGAAUAAGAAACAAGGGAGAAGGAAAAGGCAGGAUCAUAAUUCUCAGAGAUUUGAUUACAGGCGCUGUGUGCUGGGUAGGGAGGGCUUCACCUCAGGGAGACACUACUGGGAGCUGGGGUUGGGAGAGAAUACAUUCUGGAGAUUAGGAGUCAGCAGACAGUCUGCCCCGAGGAAGGAGGAGUUCAGCAUGAACCCCCAACAGGGUUACUGGACUCUGGGGUGGGAUGGAGAUAAAGAUGAGUUCACUGCUCUCACUGACCCCCAGACCCCCCUCCCCUGGUGCCUGAAGUCCCAGAAACUGGGGAUGUAUCUGGAUUAUGAGGAAGGGCAGCUCUCCUUUUACAAUGUGGAGACCAAAUCUCACAUCUACACUUUCACUGACAUGGAGUUCAAUCCCAAUGAGAAACUCCAUCCAUUCUUCUGGACGUCGGAAUACAAAGACCUUGUGCUGGUGUCCCCAGGAAAGAUGAAUGACAGCUCUUUCUUUCUUCUAGUCUGGAAAGGGAUUAUUGCUUCAUCAGUUGAUGUGACUCUGGACCCUGAUACAGUGUACCCCGAGCUCAUCCUGGCUGCGGAGGGGAAACGAGUGAGAUGGGGAAAGACACGGCAGCGUCUCCCUAACAAUCCAAAGAGAUUUGAUGGCAGGCGCUGUGUGCUGGGCAUGGAGGGCUUCACCUCGGGGAGACGCUACUGGCAGGUGUUGGUGGGGGGGAAUACAGACUGGAGAUUAGGAGUCAGCAGAGAGUCUGCCGAGAGGAACGGGAAGUUCAGCAUGACCCCCCAGCAGGGUUACUGGACUGUGGAGUGGAGUGGAUAUGUGUUCACUGCUCUCACUGACCCCCAGACCAUCCUCCCCCUGAGCCUGAAGCCCCAGAAGCUGGGGGUGUAUCUGGAUUAUGAGGAAGGGCAGCUCUCCUUUUACAAUGUGGAGACCAGAUCUCACAUCUACACUUUCACUGACAUGGAGUUCAAUCCCAGUGAGAAACUCUAUCCAUUCUUCUGGACUUGGGACGAGAAAACAGACCUUGUGCUGGAGUCCCCUGACCCUGACAGCGCUGCAGAUUAAACACACAUUGCUGUCUUAACCAGGAAACUAUUCAAACAGCUCAGACAAUCUCCUCUUCACUUUCACAGACACUCUCUCUGCACUCUUCUGGGCUGAUGAGAAGAAAUCCUCUCUCUUCCACCCUCUUACCCUGAGCCCCUCCUCUUUAUUUCUCUACACCUCCUUUCCUACUCUCCCUUCCUGUCUGCCUCUCUCUUCCCCUCUUUCUCUCCUAUUCUGCUCUCCUCUCUGCCUCCCGUAUGGCUCUCCUCUCUCUUUCUCUUUCCCUUCCCUCUGAUAUGUUAAUCCCCUCCCUUUUCCACUCUCCCUCUCCUCCCUGCCCUCUCUUCUCUCCCUCUCUCCUCCAUCCUCUCUACUCUCCCUCUCCAUCCUGCCUGCUCUACUCAUCUCCCUCUCCUCCCUCCCUCCUCUCCUCCCUGCACUCUCUCCUGUCCCUCCCUCUCCCUACUCUCUCCUCUCCGUCUCUCCUCCCUGCCGUCUCUACUCUCCCCUCUCUCCUCUCCCUCUCUUCUCUCCCUCUCCUCCAUCUCCUUCUCUACUCUCCCUUUCUGCUCCCUCUCCCUCUGUCCUCCAUGCCCCCUCUAAUUUUGUACUGUGAUAUUUUGUAACAACUGUAAGUCACCCUGGAUAAGGGCGUCUGCUAAUAAAUAAACAAUGAUAAAAGAC